UGCUCGGGCCUAACAAAUAACCACAAACUGAUUCAUAGGAAACUAUUUAUUGCACAGUUUCAUUUUACGAAUAGUAAGAGUGUGAAAUUGCAGUAGAUGUCAACAGAUGUGGAGGGCACAUCUUUGAGUGCGAGAAGGAGCGCUUGAUUUUAGCUUCAUUUCAGCGCGCUGCUACAUUGACGAUUUUGACGCGGCUCCUCCGCCAUCUUCAACUUCCUAUUGUUUGCAUCAGACGGAGAGGGGGCUGUGUACUGCGUGCGAGAGACCAGGGUAGGAAACGGAUUUCUCACUGAACAGAAGAUAUAGCCCUUGGGCUCUUGGUCUCUCAGGUUCUGUCCAGACCUGUUGUAUGUCAUUGGAAUAAAGUCCCCUCCCAGGACUUGACCACUGAACCCCGACGAUGGACGACGAACAACCCAGAACCCUGUAUGUAGGAAAUCUGUCCAGGGAUGUCACCGAGCCCCUCAUUCUACAGGUCUUCCAACAGAUAGGACCUUGUAAGAGCUGCAAAAUGAUUAAUGAUACGGCUGGAAAUGAUCCAUACUGCUUUGUGGAGUUCUAUGAUCACAGGCAUGCUGCUGCCUCAUUGGCAGCCAUGAAUGGAAGGAAAAUAUUGGGUAAGGAGGUCAAAGUCAACUGGGCCACAACACCAUCCAGCCAGAAAAAAGACACAAGUAAUCACUUUCAUGUCUUCGUUGGAGACCUCAGUCCAGAAAUAACAACAGAAGACGUCAGAGCUGCCUUUGCCCCUUUUGGCAGGAUAUCAGAUGCUCGUGUUGUGAAAGAUAUGGCUACAGGGAAAUCUAAAGGCUACGGCUUUGUUUCUUUCUUCAAUAAAUGGGAUGCAGAGAAUGCCAUUCAGCACAUGGGGGGUCAGUGGUUAGGUGGCAGACAGAUACGGACCAACUGGGCCACAAGAAAGCCCCCUGCUCCAAAGGCCACCUAUGAGAAUAACUCCAAGCAUCUAUCCUUCGAUGACGUCUUGAGCCAGUCAAGCCCCAGUAACUGCACUGUGUACUGUGGUGGGGUCAGCACAGGACUCACAGAGCAACUGAUGAGACAGACCUUCUCCCCAUUUGGACAGAUCAUGGAAGUCAGGGUUUUUCCAGAUAAGGGCUAUUCAUUUGUGAGGUUUAACUCCCAUGAAUCAGCAGCCCAUGCCAUUGUGUCUGUCAAUGGUUCUUCAGUCGAGGGCCACAUAGUGAAGUGCUAUUGGGGUAAAGAGACGCCAGACAUGAUGAGCUCGAUGCAGCAGAUGUCAGUCCCCCAGCAGAACAAGAUUGGCUUUGCGGCAGCCCAGCCCUACAGCCAGUGGGGCCAGUGGUAUGGCAAUGGGCCCCAGAUCAGCCAGUAUGUCCCAAAUGGGUGGCAGGUCCCCACCUAUGGCGUCUACAGCCAGGCGUGGAACCAGCAGGGCUUUAAUCACUUACCGGCCAGUGCUGGGUGGACUGGCAUGAGCGCCAUCAGUAACGGUGGGGUUAUGGAGCCUACGCAGGGAUUGAAUGGGAGUAUGCUAGCCAACCAGCCUGGUAUGGGAGCCGCAGGAUACCCCACACACUGAUAGGUGGACAGGGUGGGAGAUUUGUCAGUGAAGAGCCUGUUAUUGGCUGCACGGUGCCCUGCAGGGAUGUUUAACACCGCCCCAGUUUGUGGCAGGAAUAAGACUCUUUACAGGAUGUAGAACCUUAAACAAGAAGGUUGACAUCUGUAAAAUGUAAAUGGAUUUUCAUGGGGUGGGCAGAGGGAGGGGGUUGAGAUAACGGGAGCCAGGGAGCAGCGAUUUGACCCACACAGGUAUUUACACCCAUUAGUGGUGGGAAAACUGGCCAUGAUCCAGGGGUCUUACCUUUUUAAGUUGACUGUAAAUGAGUAUAAAACUGUAAAGAAGAAACUUUUGACAUUUUUUUUUUUCUUCUGGGUUUUACAAAUUGCUUCCAUUUUCACGUCUUUUCUUCAACAGCCACCAAGAGGUGGAUCUCCUUCCCCCCCCAAGAAACCGACUCGCACCAUAAUUUGUGAACUGAAAUAUUUGAGAAAUGGAAAUGAUUUUUGUUUAUUUUCUUGGAUUAAAUCAAUUGCAGGGAUUGUUGUCACUGCUGUUUCUCUAAGGGCAGGUAAAUAUUGCACAGCUUUUUUCCUUCUGUUAUACUCGGCAGACAGGUUUGGUUACAAGGAGUCUCCUUUUUGCAUUCCAUUUCUUCUCUCCAUGUGUAAAUAACCAUCUAUUGAUUCAUUUGGAACAAUGUAUGUAAAAUGCUACUGUUUACUGUGGGUGCUUGCUUUCAGUUUUGAUAAUUCAACAGUUGGCUCCAACAUUGUACGUAGCAGAGUGGCACUAUUUAAAUGUGACACUGGUACAGUGAACACAAUUCUUCCAUGCAGGGAUACAACAGCAUUGCCAUGCAGUGCAUACUUAAAUCUAACAGAGUUCAAAUGUUAAAAGGUAAAUAUGUAUGUUUGAAGCUUUUUGGGUUUUUUUUAAGUAUAUUGGAACGCCAGUAUUUUAUAUUGAAACUGAGUGGAUUCAACCAUUACACUUGCUCAUUUUGCCAGAGAAAUGGGGAGGCCUACAUUGUAACUGUUGCCUUAUAGAGCUGGUUUCUUUUAGCUGACAAGAUACCUUUUAAUUAGGCAGUGCCUACAGACCUUUUCAAACCCUUUUUGUUUAGAAAGGUGUUCAGCCCUAAGAAUUGUUGACUCUGCUACUGUAAUCAAUGUUUCUUUCUUUUUUUUUUUUGCUUUGUCCAAUUAAAAUGCUAAUGCACAUAUACCACA